AUUGGAUGCAGUGUUUUGUACGCCAAUUGCAUAUCAGCGGCCAAACCGUACACUUGUUUCAGUCGUUUGAGUGUUUGAAAAAUCAUUUUCAAAUCACUUGUGAAGGCAUUUGUCUGUUCAACGUAUUACGAGUUCAUUACACUUCACACCAUAAUCGGUUUUAAUUGUAAUAUAGCCGUCAAAUUGUUUGAGCCGGUACACUACCACUUACACAAUGCGCGAGAUUGUGCACAUCCAGGCCGGUCAGUGCGGUAACCAAAUCGGCUCCCAGUUUUGGGAAGUGAUUAGCGAAGAGCAUGGCAUCGAUGUGACAGGUCAUUAUGUCGGCAAUAAUAUCCAGCAGUUGGAGAGGAUUAACGUCUACUACAACGAGUCGUCGUCCAACACAUACGUGCCGCGGGCCAUACUCCUGGACCUGGAGCCGGGCACUAUGGACGCCGUGAGGAGCAGUCAGUUCGGACGCCUCUUCCGUCCGGACAACUUCGUGUUCGGCCAGUCGGGCGCCGGUAACAACUGGGCGAAGGGUCACUACACGGAAGGUGCCGAACUGGUGGAUAGCGUCAUGGAUGUGGUGCGCAAGGAGGCCGAGGGCUGCGACUGCAUCCAGGGCUUCCAGUUGUGUCACUCCCUGGGCGGCGGCACCGGCUCCGGGAUGGGAACGCUCCUCAUCUCGAAGAUUCGCGAGGAAUAUCCCGACCGUAUUAUGAGUACAUUCAGUGUUAUGCCGUCUCCUAAGGUA